AUUGAAAAAUGAUGUCUAGUCGAUUAUUUAGCAAAUCAAUUCGUUCUAUUUUUAUAAUCUUGCAGCACUAGUCUAGAAAGUUCAGGCAUUGAAAGAACUGAUUUGUUUGGUUUUCGAGAUUUUGAUUUCUGCUGUGGUCUGGUGUAAAUUUUACUUUUUAUUUAUAUGUGUCUACGUUACAAAUGAGAGUGUUAAAGUAACAUUUUAUUUAACAAGGGAUUCAAUAAUAUUCUACUUACUGAUAUAAUUUAAAAUAUAAAUAGGACAAGUUUAUAACCUUGCUUAGAGAUGUCGGUGAAUAACUUAGCGACGGUCCAAAGUUUCGAAGAAUUUAUCAGAACUCCAAUAUUGACAGUAGUACAUUUCUCAGCUGAAUGGGCUGAUCAAUGCAAGCAGGUGACGGAGGUACUUGAGGAAUUGGCCAAACUUCCAGACAUACAAGCAGUUGGCACUAAGUUUGCUGUCUGUAAUGCUGAAGAACUCUCUGAAAUCUCUUUGCAAUAUAAGGUAGAUUCCGUGCCAACAGUAAUCUUAUAGAAUGGUGUACUAGUAGACAGAGUAGAUGGAGCAGAUGCAGCCCAAAUCUCCGCAAAAGUCAAGACACUUAGCCUGGGGAAGUCUGGUGUCGCAGAACCGAAAAGCUUGGAGGAAAGACUAAAAUCACUUAUCAAUAGACAUAAAGUAAUGCUGUUUAUGAAAGGAAACCGAGAUGUCCCAAGAUGUGGUUUUAGCAGAACUAUUGUUCAAAUACUAAAUGGAAUUGGAGUUGAUUACGAAACAUUCGAUAUUUUAACCGACGAAGAGGUACGCCAAGGACUAAAAGAAUACUCUGAUUGGCCUACAUAUCCGCAACUCUACGUCAAAGGACUAAUUGGGGGGUUAGAUAUAGUCAAGGAAAUGAUAGCCAGUGGGGAGUUCGAUUCUGUUCUCAAAGCGUAAUUAACGUAGCUUGUAGCUUUUUUAAAAAAAUGUAAUAGGAAUAAUUUAUUGUAAUUUAAUGCAAUAAACGCUUUUAAUUAUU